AGACAACGAAUGGCAAAUGGUAAUUAUCAGAAAAUCCAAAUCCAAAUAUGACCUUCAAGUGAAUAAAAACUCAAGGAACGGCGCCUGCAGAAGCACAGGAGGAACAACCAAAAAACCAGAGCAACACAAAAGAAAGAAGAGACAAAUGCGAGAUUGGUAGAGAAAAUCCAAAUCUCUCGUUUCUAUUUUGAUCAACAGAGAUUCAUCGAUGGCAAAUCAGCUGGAGAAUCUGGUGGAGUCAAUAAAAUCGAAGGUGAGAGCACUGAAGAAAUCGAAGAAACCAUAUGUGAAAAUGGACAAGAGCUCGAGUGUGAAGGUCGAGAUCCGGAGCAGAAAAGCACGAAAGCUUAUUGACAAGACGCUUAAAGUAGCUGAUCGUCCUGGCAAGCGAAGCAUUUCUUAAUGUGAUUUCCUUGUUCUUCUUUAAAUUUCUAUCUUCUUUAAUACAUCUGUAUAUAAAAAUCUGGAUUAUUCAGAAUUUUCUUCCUUCCUUGUUCUCUCAGUGCCUACCGAUCCUGUGUUUUUACUUUCCUUUCUUGGAAAGCCUUGAAAGGUAUGCGUGAACCGUUUCGGGUUUGGCUUAACAACUCUUUUUUUUUUUUUU